AGUAACGGCCACAGCUGAAUACGGACGUGUUGUGACGUGACGCGUUGAGUCGUCGAGUCGUCGAAUCGUUGAGUCAGUCGCCUUCAGUGUACCGAAAGUUUUCGACUUUGGUCUGUCCGAGUGCGCCCAAGGGCUGACAACAACACAAACUGUACACAAAAAGAACAAGAGGAGCACGACGAGGAAGAAGAAGAAGGAGGAGGCAAAAGCAAAGCAAAUACAAGAAAUUCAACUAAACGAAUACAAAGCGAGUGUGAAAAGCGUGUGUACAAAAUAAAAAAUAGAAAUCAAAGUAUGCCCAGUGCAUUAAUGUGAACGCGUCGGUAGUGCUUACCUUGAAAACCGAAUCGUAGCGGUCCCCGAUGCCAUUUCCGAUGCGUUGCGAUACGAUUCGAUGCGUAAAACGCGUGUGGCUGUGACAAAUUUGGUGGCCAUUCGAAGCGGAAAAUGUAAGCCGCCGCAGCUUGAGCAGAAAAGGCCUCUCAGUGCGUAGGCUCCGAAGUGAGCAAAGCGGAAAGCGAGCGACGACGUUUCCAACUCUAAAAAACUCUCUCUCUCUCUCUCGCUGAGUAACUACUACAACUAUAUAAAAGGUCUAGUUAUAACUAAAGUCUAUAUAAAUAUACCUGCAAUCUAAGCACGCAGCUCUACUCUCAGCUCUAACUGUGCGUGUACUUCUAGCGAGCUAUAUCCCGUUAAACAACAACACACUGCUUAUUAGAGCCCCACAAAAUGCUGCCAAUCUUCGCCUGAGCCAGUCGAAGUUCGAAUUAAAGCCCAAUUUAGCCCAAAACCUAGAAAUAAACUGUGAUCAUAGCCUAAACACGCAACAAUAACACCUAGAGAAACAACAACAAGAAUAACAAGAACAACGACCAGCAACCAGCAUAAACAAACACAACAACGCCACACACACAAAGACAUGAAGGACAGCUGCCAGGAAGUGAGACAGAGACCCAGCCAGAAGCAGUCGGAUGCCAAGCGAACAGUGUGCCAGAGCCAGAGUCCCAGCCAGCUAGAGACCGUAACUGCUGCCCAAUUGCUGAAUUUAUAGAUCUCCAGAUUUAUCAGAUAACAGUAAAUUGAAAUCAAUUGCGCACAAGCAGCAGCAGCAGCAGCAUCAGCAACAGCAGCAGCCGUAGGAAAACCAAUAUAGCCAAAGGACUAGGGAAAAGAGGAACGACGCCGGAACGACAGAGGUGGCUGUAAUGACAACAAUUGACGCGAUGUAGCGCAGACUUAUGGUCGGCGAACGCGACAGAGACCGUGAGGCGGUACGCUGGGCAACGGGUGAAACAACACCGCUUCAAAACAAUAAUGGAGUGUUACAAAUGGUCGGGCAAUUGCAUGGUGGACAGGCUGCUAGCCAACAACAGCAACAGCAACAACAGCAACAAAGUCAACAACAACAGUCAAAGCAACAGAAACUUCAACAGAAACAGCAACAACAACAGCAGCAACAGCAGCAACAGCAGCAGCAGCAGCAGCAGCAACAACAUCCGGAACUGUUUUAUCAGCAACACGAGGCAGCUGCGCGUGGACUGCAGCUUGCGGGAACAGCCGACGGCGGCGAUAAUCAGCCCUAUUACGAUACAAGCGGUAAUGUCGAUUGGGAGAGAGCGAUGGGAACCGGUGGAGCUAGUUCAUAUGGUUGCGUCGGUGGAGCUGUCACAGCAGCUGGCGGCGGUGCUUAUAACAGUGGGCCAACUGUUGCCGGCGGCGCUGUUGUCGCCAACAAUCGGCACUUGGAUUAUGCUGAUGGCAUCGGCAUUGCUGGCCCAUCCGCCGCACCAGCAGCAGCGCACGCAGCAGCUGCUGCUCUCGGCCUGGGAGCUGCUGGUGGAGGCGGGAACGUUGCAGCGGGGCCGGUCGCAGGCGCCGGGGGGGCUGUCGGUAGCAGCACCGGGGCCAUUGGCAAGGAAGUUCGUUACGCUCCAUUCCCAGUUACAUCACCAACGCAUUCAAAUCCCACAACUUCCCAGCAGACUCUUGCGCAGCAGCAGCAGCACCAGCAGCAAAUGGCACUUGGUGGUGGGGCAGGCGGCGGCGGAGGUGGUGGUAGUGGAGCCGGCAGCGGCAUUGCUGGUGGCAGCAUUGGUGGCCCCGCUAGCAGCAGCCUCGGCGGCGGUGUGGGCGGGCUGGGCGGUGUUGGCGUCGGCGUCGGCGUUGUUAUGCUACCGCCAGGUGGCGGCUCGCAUGCCGGCAUCAGCCAUAGCAAUACAACCGGCGCCCUGCAGCGGACACAUUCCAGAUCCAUGUCCUCCAUACCGCCACCGGAGCCGUUCAUGAUAGCGCAGUCGAAGCAGAUGAACAGCCGCGUCUCCAUCAAUGUGGGCGGAGUCAAGCACGAGGUGCUGUGGCGCACAUUGGAGCGCCUGCCCCACACGCGGCUGGGCAGGCUAAGGGAGUGCACCACCCACGAGGCCAUCAUAGAGCUGUGCGAUGAUUACUCGCUGGUCGACAACGAGUACUUCUUCGAUCGUCAUCCGAAGAGCUUCAGCUCCAUUUUGAAUUUCUAUCGCACCGGGAAACUGCACAUUGUGGAUGAGAUGUGCGUGCUUGCGUUUAGUGAUGAUCUGGAGUACUGGGGCGUGGACGAACUGUAUCUGGAGUCGUGUUGCCAGCACAAGUACCAUCAGCGCAAGGAGAACGUGCACGAGGAGAUGCGCAAGGAGGCAGAGUCGCUCCGGCAGCGGGACGAGGAGGAGUUCGGCGAAGGUAAAUGCGCGGAGUACCAAAAGUAUCUCUGGGAGCUGCUUGAAAAGCCCAACACCAGCUUCGCGGCUCGGGUUAUCGCAGUGAUAUCCAUACUAUUCAUAGUCCUGUCUACCAUAGCCCUGACGUUGAACACCCUACCACAACUACAACACAUUGACAAUGGUACACCACAGGAUAAUCCGCAAUUGGCAAUGGUUGAGGCCGUGUGUAUCACGUGGUUUACCCUAGAGUACAUACUUAGGUUUAGCGCCUCACCGGACAAGUGGAAGUUCUUUAAGGGCGGCCUUAACAUAAUCGAUCUAUUGGCAAUACUCCCAUACUUUGUUUCGUUAUUUUUAUUGGAAACGAAUAAGAAUGCAACGGACCAGUUCCAGGAUGUGCGCCGGGUGGUGCAAGUAUUCCGCAUCAUGCGCAUCCUGCGAAUCCUUAAGCUGGCCCGUCACUCAACGGGCCUGCAGUCGUUAGGCUUUACGCUGCGUAACUCAUAUAAGGAACUCGGUCUACUAAUGCUGUUCCUGGCCAUGGGCGUUCUCAUAUUUUCUUCGCUGGCAUAUUUUGCCGAAAAGGAUGAAAAGGAUACAAAAUUCGUUUCAAUACCGGAAACAUUUUGGUGGGCGGGUAUUACAAUGACAACUGUUGGCUACGGGGACAUCUAUCCCACAACUGCACUGGGAAAGGUUAUUGGUACUGUGUGUUGCAUAUGCGGUGUUCUGGUAAUCGCUUUGCCUAUUCCCAUCAUCGUUAACAAUUUUGCUGAAUUUUAUAAGAAUCAGAUGCGGCGCGAGAAGGCCCUCAAGCGUCGCGAGGCACUCGACCGUGCCAAGCGCGAGGGCAGCAUUGUCUCCUUCCAUCAUAUCAAUCUAAAAGAUGCGUUCGCCAAAUCAAUGGAUCUCAUCGAUGUGAUUGUCGACACAGAAAAGCGCGAAAGUCACACAAGAUCGCUAAAAAAUUGGCACCGUUUAACCCACGCGCUACGCCGAUCGCCCACAGGACACAAUCUCUCCCAAGCGGAUGUCGAUGGCAAUAGCACAGAGGGCGAGUCGACCAGCGGCCGCAAUCCGGCGACCACGGGCAUGGGCUGCUACAAGAACUACGACCACGUAGCCAAUCUGCGAAGCUCGAGCAUGCAUCAACGUCGUGGUUCCAGCUCUGAGAAAGAUGCAGUGCCGCCCUACAGCUUCGACAAUCCGAACGCCAGGCAGACCUCGAUGAUGGCCAUGGAGAGCUAUAAGCGAGAGCAGCAAGCAAAACUCCUCGUCCAGCAGCAGCAGCAGCAACAGCAGCAGAAGCUGCCUCCUGCUGCACAGAUGCCAGCUGGCGGGGUUGCCAACAACUUGGCCAUGGUUGCUGCCUCGAGUGCUGCCACAGCUGUAGCUACCUCCGGGAGUGCUGGGCAGGAGAACGGCGAGGCAGGAGCAGCUGCUGCCUCCACCAAAGGAGAGGAUGACACGAGCCUGGCGUCGAACCAGAAGGGAUUGCCCAUACAGAUGAUGAUAACGCCCGGGAUUUUACGGGGACGCAGUAAGGAGGAAGUUGCCGAGCUGCGCCGCCAGGUGGCGCUCGAGAACCUGCAAAACCAGCGAAUGGACAAUCUGGAGCAGGAUGUGCCAGUGGAAUUCGAAUGCUGCUUCUGCACAACCAAGGACUUUAAGGAAUACACCGAUGCGGAGGGCGUGAUCUCGCUUCCAACUUCCGACUUCCACAAGCCCAUCUGCCAGGAGCUACGCCAGGCUGCAGCCAAUCGCCACGCCAAUCAGUUCGGCCUGCUGGCGCCCGCCGCUGCUGCCGCACUGCCUCUGGUCCCGGCGUACACCAGCGCCAGCGCCAGCGCCAUGAUGCCCAUCAUUUCGCAGUCAUCGUCGACGUCGUCCUCGUAUGGCACGACCACGUCCACGACCAUUGCUCUGCCGCUGGAGGGGACGCAGCGCUUUGGAGCGCCCAUUGCGAGCAAUUUCAAUCACAACUACAACAACAACUUCAACACGACGACUGUGGGCGCUGGGGGCGUGGCGAACGGCCUGCUGCUGUUCGGCAACGGCAACUACGGUGCCAGCGGCAGCAACGGCAACGGCAAUGGCAAUGGCAACGGCAACAACAACAACAACAACAAUGCUGAUCUGGCCAGCGUGGACAGCUCGGACACAUACGCCAGCUGCCAGACACAUCCAUUCCUCUCGCAGGGUGAUCUCACGGCCGACUUCAAUGACGAGGCCUGUGCACUGGACAUCGAUAUGGACAAUCUGUAUAUAAAUCCGCUCGAGAAGGAGUCCUGCCGGGGCACCCACAUCAGUAGCUCCACGGGCUUCAUCGUAGGCCUGCCGCCCACCAUGUCCGCCUCCGGCCUGUCCAUGCGCGCCCAGGUGAAGAAGAGCGCCUCGGGCGACACGGCGCUGCGGAACCUGGCGGCGGGUGGCAUCAGUCCGCUGGGCGAUGUCUACCAGAGCUUCGAUGUGCAGGAGCGUGGCAGCCGUGUCAGCUUAAACGAGAACUCAGUGCCAAAGCAUCGCAAGACGCGUUUCCAGCAGAGCUUCACGGCAAUGCGACCCAGCCCGCAGGCCAGCAGCACCAAGCCGCGUGCCAGGUUCGAGGACACUAAGCUGUACGACGACAACGUGCGCCUGGACGGAGGAGGCCUCUCGGGUCCAUCCUCAUCCAGCGGCAGCUCCGCCACGGGUGCCGCUGGCAGCAAGAAGAAGCGGUCGGCGUUUAUGCCGGCCAAGAGCCUAGCCACUGCCACCAAACUGAUCAAUCAGCGUUUGUUCGGCAUACAAAAUGCGGGCGCCAAAGCCAAAUUUGAGAGCAAGCAUUCCUCAUCGAUAGACUCGAUCGACGCGUCGCCGAACCUGGAGCACCACCGGCGCUCCAAGUCGAUAUUGAAAAACAAGUCUGAUAUCUCACGCGUGCUGUCCGAUCCUGAGAGUGAGCGUCUGUUGGCGGACAAUAUGUCUGGGUCGGGCGUGUCCGAUAACGGCACCGUCAUGGGCGAAUCUGGCAGCGACUACUCACCGAAUAAAUUACCUCAUUCAGUUUUAGCUAAGUCUAUAUCCCCACCACCCCUUAGGCACCGCAGCCUAAUGAAUCAACGGUCCGGACCAGCGACGUUGCAAUCGAAACCAACCAAAUUCCAGACUCCCCGGUACCCCGAGGAGCAGGCACUGCGGCAGGUCAAGCCCGUACUCUCGCGGUCCUCAGCCGCAGCCUCGGCUUCCAGCGAUGGGCGCUACGAUUCGAGUCAGACGAGGGAUAGCAGUCUGGAUUCCGAGACGACUUUCACAUCACCCGCUCGGCAACCACAGGGGCAGGAGGCGCCCAGCAAGCCGCAGGACAAAAGCCCCGGCGUUGGAGAGCCUAGAGCGGACAUGGAAGGACCGGGCGAGGGUGAAGGCGAGGCCAACGACGAGCAGCGAGCGCUGCUGCAGCCACAAAAUGCAGAUGAGCCGGCCAAGAGUGAAGGAGGCGAGGGCAGCGGUGGGGCUACGUAGCAAUUAGUCAACACUCACACGAAAAGCGCUUAGUAGUUAUUGUACUAUAUAAACCAAAAUCGAAAAAAAACCUAUGGAAAAAAAUACAAAAUACAAAGAAAAACUCAAAGUGAUAGCAAAGUUAGCGAAAAUGGAAUGUGAAUUAUAUAAAAGCAAUGAACAGUAUCCUAGUCUAAUUUGAAAUGCAGAGAGGAAUGGCGUUGAAAUUGAAUAUUUUUACAAAACUCAAGCUGAACUAAAACUUUAACUAUGUAUGAGAAUCCGUAAAUACACUGAAUACCAUAAAACACUAAAAAAAAAAAAAAAAAAAAAUCUACUUAAAGUAAAAUUAUAAAAAAAAAAAAAAAAAAAAGAAUCACAAACCUGCAAAUCGUUGCGAUGCCGCGCAUGCCGUACAAAAUUUAGUAAAUACUUAUCUAUCUAUAUAUGAAAACGGAGCCCCAAUAUUUAAUGCCUACAAUAAACAUACCAAAGCCCAAAAGAUACUAAAAA